UGAGAAAAAUAAAAAGCUGCAUUCGAUCCUACGAUUUCUGCAGGCUGCUGAGCUGCUCCGAUCCCUCCGUCGCGAUUCUGCCGCGUCCAACGGGGGCGGCCCGAUUGUUGUGGUUUCGGCCCAAUUGUUCUGACCCGACCCGUUCGAAACACCCAAUUCGCGAAUGUGAGGACAUUGGAUUAGGGUUUCGACCAACCUUCAGUGACCGAUUUUUCUCUGGGUCCUCUCUCCUUUUCUGCUUGAGCUCUCAUGAGUCUCUCUUCUAACUAGCAAGCUCCGCGCCUUUAACAGCCGCCGCCGCCGCCGCUUCUCCAGCUAGCACCGAAGAAGAGAAGCAAUGCAUUCACUCUUCUCAAGCAAAAGCGCCAUUCGACUUCAACACUCUUCAUUUCAUCGUAUCAGUAGCUUCUUCUUCCUUAAGUUUCAUUCCGAUGAUUCCAUUCAAUUGGAUGAAGCUACGGUUCGGGAAACCCUUGUGUCCUUCAAUAACGAUUGGAAGAAGGCCUUUGACUUCUUCAACUGGGUGGAGUCCCACCACCACUUCCGUCACUCCACCACCACCUAUAACAACAUCCUUGACAUUCUCGCCAAGUACUUCGAGUUCGACCUCUGUUGGGACCUCAUCCACCGCAUGCGGUGGAACCCUCACUCCCAACCCGAUCACACCACCUUCCGCCUCAUGUUCCACCGCUAUGCCUCUGCCCAUGCCGUAAACGAUGCCAUUUCCACCUUUCAUCGCCUCUCCCAGUUUAACCUCAAGGAUCACACCUCCUUCUCCAACCUCAUCGAUGCCCUUUGCGACCACAAGCAUGUCCUCGAAGCCCAAGACAUCGUCCUCGGCAACAACAAGGACCUUCUCAUUGAUGCUGGCUUCAUCGAUAGUGUUGGGAAAACCAAGAUCUCCAACAUGGUUCUUCGCGGGUGGUACAAGAUGGGUUGGUGGAGCAAGUGCCGCGAGUUUUGGGAGGAGAUGGAUGCUAAAGGGGUCCACAAGGAUCUUCACUCUUACUCCAUAUACAUGGACAUCCUCUGCAAGAGUGGGAAGUCAUGGAAGGCUGUGAAGCUCUACAAGAACCUGAAGAGCCAAAGGAUCCAAUUAGAUGUGGUUGUUUACAACAUAGUGAUUCGUGCAAUUGGUCUCUCCCAAGGUGUUGAUUUCUCAAUCAGGGUCUUCAAUGAGAUGAAGGAGUUGGGGAUUAAGCCGACUGUGGUAACAUACAACACUAUAAUGAGGCUCUUGUGUGAUAGCUAUAGGCAUAAGGAAGCACUUGCAUUGCUCAAUGUAAUGCGUAGGGAUGACUGCUAUCCCAACACAGUUUCAUAUCAUUGUUUCUUUGCGACACUUGAGAAGCCUAAAGAGAUGAUUGGGUUGUUUGAUAGAAUGGUUGGGAGUGGGGUGAGGCCCAACAUGGACACGUAUGUGAUGCUGAUGAGGAAGUUUGCGAGAUGGGGGUUUCUAAGGCUGGUGUUCAUGGUGUGGGACAAGAUGGAGCAGCUUGGGUGCAGCCCUGAUGCAUCUGCUUACAAUGCUUUGAUUGACGCUCUUGUCGAGAAGGGAUUAAUUGAUAUGGCAAGGAAGUAUGAUGAGGAGAUGUUGGCUAAAGGGCUUUCCCCUAAGCCUAGGAAAGAGUUGGGAACAAAGUUUGUCAUUCAUCAAGAAGAAGAAGCUCAAUGUUGAUCAACACAUACAAAAUACUUGUGUAGCAGGCAUGACAAUAUGGCUGCAUUUGUAACGAGGGAGGGUGGACAAGACACUGUGAUAGAGUUUGAGAAGCAACCCUUCAAUCAUCACCGCAGUGAUGGACACAACAAGUAACUGGAGGGAUGAAGUGCAGCCUGCUUUCCGCCAACGCUUUUUCAACAAUAUAUUGCAUAACUUACAGUUAGGUCAUCCUCCUGAGAGUUUUGAUGAAAUCCUUGAAUUUCACAAAAUUGCUCAUAGUAUUGAGCAGAAAAGUUAUGCUGGUGCUACAAGCCAGGCCGAGUAUGUUAUGCAAAUAGCUUGCAAGAUGGUUUUGAUGGAGAAAGCAAGAGAAAGAGAAUGGAGAGAUUACUUUUGCCCUGAUUCCCGACAAAGAAUUGUCUACAAAAUAAUGAAACUGUUAAAAAGACAUCUUGAUGUGACUGAUCCAGAGGGAUCACAAGAACUUUGGAGGAUUGCUGAAAGGUUUGAGGAGAAGAUCUUUUCUAAAGCAGACACCGAGACUGAUUAUCUUAGGAAAAUAACUAUAAAAAUGCAUAAAAUGGAGAAUACACCCCGGAGAAGCCAUUGACAACCAUGAAAUCAGCUUGAUCUUUACAAUGAACUUGUCAAUCCAGUUUUCUUGUCUAAGCUCGUCAGAAGACAAACAUUCUUAUUGCUUGAAAAAACAUUAAUAUUUCAUGUUUUUUCAUCACUAGUUCAUACAAACCCGACGUAGCAUAGAAGCAGAGGUAGAAGAUUCCAGUAGAUGACUAUCCAAAGCGCCAGCGGUUGAAGCAAUUGUCAGUUAUAAUGGUUAAAACUUUUAGUGUUGUAACUGGUUCAACUAAAAUUGCGGAACUGUUUUGGACACCUUCUGUUAGAUUGGUAGUUUGGUCAUACUAACUUUUGUAAAGAGCCGUUGACUGUUGUUUUUAGACUUCCAGUUCAUGAUACCAAAUAGUUGGUCCUUUUUCUGAA